AUCAGCUGUGUCCAAUCACAGCUGAUCACAUAGGGGACAUCUACACUGAUCAUCAGAGCACUGAUGAUCAGUCCCCAGCAGUGCCACCUGUCAGUGUCCAUCAGUGCCACCUGCCAGUGCCCAUCAGUGCCACAUCAGUGCCACAUCAAUGCCACAUAUCAGUGCUCAUCUGAGCUGCCUUUCAGUGUCAUCCAUCAGUGCCAGUCAGUGCCACUUAUCAAUGCCAGUCAGUGCCACCUAUCAGUGCUGCCAAUCAGUGCC